AUGGUGGGGACCCGUCUGGUCGGAGCCGCGCUGGAACGAGUGGUCUUCGAGCGAUGCCACCUGAGCCUGGUGUUCCUGCACGACGCGGUGCUGUCGCACUGCCGCUUCGUGGGCUGCCGCCUGUCGGCGGUGAUCCUGGCAGGCAGCGAGCUCAGCGAUUGCCAGUUCGACGACUGCGACAUCCAGCGCUGCAACUUUCUCGCCGCGACCAUCUCGCGCACGCUCUUCGAAAGCUGCGACCUCACCUCCUCGCGGUUCAUCGGCGGCACGCUCCGGCAGGUGAUCAUGGACGACUGCAACCUCCAUCACGCCCAUCUGGAACUGGCCGACGUGGGCGACCUGGCCACACCCGGCUCCAACCUCGCGGAGGCGCAUCGCCGCUGA